AUGCGCGAACAGAAAGAGAUGGAAACCCACGCCGGCCUCGGCACUGACGGUGGCAACCCUGCUCCGACGAAGCCGGCGAUGGACAAAGCACGCGCCGGUGCCGAUGCCGCUGAAGCCCCCUCCUUUGCCGGCCCCGACGCGCUCCCCGUCCCCCAGCCGGGUACCGCCGCGAGCGCGAGGAAGCGGAAGGCCCUGGCGACGGCAAAGGCUGUCAGCAAGCCUCGCAAGACGCAGGUCGAGGAGCCGAUUCAGAUGCCUGUGUACUAUGGAUGUAGAGCACCGUUUUCUCGCGUGCGUGGCAACGAUUUAGAAGACAAAUGUGCUCACUUAAUCGGCGAGCUACCGCUGCAGCCACAGUCCAUGUCAUUGGUGGAUCUACAGCUCUGGAUCUUCAGGCUGUUCCGGCUCCAUCCAGAAACACAAGAUCUCGAUAUCAAGGGGUUCCUCAAGCAACGCAAAACUGAUUUCUUCGACGAAGAGUCCUCCGAACCGGACUGUUGUUUGGAGGACUACCCGUGGGGCAUGAAUGAGUUUUGUACUGACAAAUGCUGGAGUUCCUUUGCAAAUAAAUUGAAGAGAAAAAAACAUGUGACACAGAAGUUCAUGUUGUAUGUGCAAUCCUCUGAGGUCAGGCACUACGCCAUUUUGCUCAAAGCCGUACAUGAUGAUUACUCUCAACUGGCCACUGUUGUGCUGCCUGGGACGGAGUGCCUGGCAAGUAGUCGCUACGCCUUCCGUGACCUUGUGGAUGACCUGACGAUGACAGCCAAGGAAUUGGUACAUUAUCUCACUGGACCCUUAGGCGAGAAGAUCAGUCCCGCUGAGGCGUGGAGGGCAAGACAGUUUGCUCUGGAGAGGGAAUUCGGCACCUUUUAUGAUUCACACAACUUUGCCCCAAGGUUGCUUAAGGAAAUAGCACGCAAGAACCCUGGUUGCUUUGUAGACAUCAAGGAUGAAGAGGUUGCAGGGUGUAAGGGUUUCCGAGUCCUGCAGCGUAUGUUUUGGGCAUUUGGACAGUGCUUGCAGGCCUUCCGUACCUGUCGCCCUGUGAUAUGCAUCUAGG